AUGUUCUUUUUAGGAUAUUUGCUGUUUAUUGGCGGAAUGACUCGUGUUCUUUCGAGUUAUCCCAUCUGGUGGUCCUUAGCCAUCGGUCAUCAGUACUCCUCGCUGGGAACUCAGCCCAUCCUCUGUGGCAGCAUUCCUGGCCUGGUGCCCAAGCAACUUCGUUUCUGCCGGAACUAUGUGCAGAUCAUGCCCAGCGUGGCCGAAGGAGUCAAGAUUGGGAUUCAGGAGUGCCAGCAUCAGUUUCGUGGGAGGAGGUGGAACUGUACCACCGUCAAUGACAGUUUGGCCAUCUUUGGACCGGUGUUAGAUAAAGCCACCCGGGAGUCGGCCUUCGUCCACGCCAUUGCCUCGGCUGGAGUGGCUUUCGCCGUGACCCGCUCCUGCGCGGAAGGUUCUUCCACCAUCUGCGGCUGCGACACCCGCCACAAAGGUCCCCCUGGAGAAGGGUGGAAAUGGGGUGGCUGCAGCGAGGAUGUGGAGUUCGGCAGCAUGGUGUCGCGGGAGUUUGCGGACGCGCGAGAAAACCGGCCAGACGCUCGCUCGGCCAUGAACAGGCACAACAACGAAGCGGGACGAACGUCCAUCAUAGACCACAUGCAUCUCAAAUGCAAGUGCCACGGGCUGUCCGGCAGCUGUGAGGUCAAGACCUGUUGGUGGUCUCAACCAGACUUCCGGGUCAUCGGCGACUACCUCAAAGAUAAGUACGACAGCGCUUCUGAGAUGGUGGUGGAGAAACACCGAGAAUCCCGCGGCUGGGUCGAAACCCUGCGCCCCAAAUAUAAUUUCUUCAAAGCACCCACAGAGCGAGACCUGGUCUACUAUGAAAACUCCCCGAAUUUUUGCGAGCCCAACCCUGAAACCGGUUCAUUUGGCACCCGCGACCGAGUCUGCAACAUCAGCUCUCACGGCAUCGACGGUUGUGACCUGCUGUGUUGCGGCCGCGGACACAACACACGGACCGAGAAGAGGAAGGAGAAAUGUCAUUGUAUCUUCCACUGGUGCUGCUACGUCAGCUGCCAGGAAUGUGUACGGAUCUACGAUGUUCACACAUGCAAGUAA